UUUCCGAGGCAAUCUCCCGAUCAGGACUGAAGUUGGUCAAGACUCUAGAGCACGUUGCAGGCCUUCCCAGCCGUUCCCCGCCGCCCCCCUGACGGGAGGACCUGGCGGGCCUCCUUUAGAUAGUAACCACAUCCCGUCCAUCCUUCCUGCUUGGUUCUCUCGUCGGACUGGCACCUAAACAACCGCCCGGUUUGGUUUGGCUACUGAGACAAUAAAAGCUUUUGGACCAGGAGGACCACCGCACCAUAGACACGAGACACGAUUGGAAAGUUGUCGAAUAUUGUCGAGGAAUGGCGGUCCUGCCGUUCUCGCCGCCGCCGCCACCGCCGCUGCCACACACUGCGCCGCCGCCGCCGAGGACACCGGUCCCGUUGGCCCCGCUGGCCCCGCUCGUGCCCGUGCAGUAUGCCCAGCCCAUGCAGCCAAUGCAGCCCGUGCAGUCAUUCCAGCCCAUGGCCGCGGCCCCGUCCUCAUCCCUCCUAUAUCCGGAGGGGGACGUGUUCGACUCGCUGGACCUGAACGAGGGCGGGGGCGGGCCGUCGGUCGAGAAGGCGCUGUGGCUGCUCGUAGGGCUGUCCGCCAUAUUCUUGGCGCUGCGGCUCUACUGCAAGCAAAGGUAUCCCAACUCGAGGCUGAGGUGGGAGGACGCCGUGCUGGUCACGUCUUGGGUGAUGCUGGUCGCCGACGCCUCCAUAGUGACGUUCCUCAUCGUCAGCGGCUUCAGCAGCCCCGGCUUCGCCGUGACGCGGGCAAACAUCACCACCAUUAGCGUGGCCGGGCUGGCGUCUGUCACGGCCGGCAUCGUCGGGCAGGCGUGGAGCAAGACGUCCUUCGCCAUGACGCUGCUGCGCAUGUCGCAGGGCUGGAUGGCCGCCUUCAUCUGGUUCGCCAUCGUGUCCAUGAACGUCCUGUUCGGCGUCUCGGCCACACUCUUCUGGGUCGGCUGCAGCCCCGCCGAGAAGCGCUGGAGCCCGUUCGUGCCGGGCGACUGCGAUCCCGACACGUCGGUCCGCGCUGCCGUCUUUGGCUUCUACGUGAGCGUCUACUCUGGCUUGGUUGAUAUCAUACUGGCUCUCCUCCCGUGGCCGAUCCUGCUCAAAUUGAGGGCGAGCGCGAACGGCCUUGAGCUGAGCAUCAAGGAAAAGAUCGGGGUGGCGCUGGCAAUGAGUAUGGGAAUUGUAGCUGGCGCAAUGGCGUUCGUCAAGGCAUCGUACUUCCGAGUGCUGGAACAUCCAAGCAUCGACCUCACAGAUGGCAGCGGGGACCUGGCGUCGUGGGCUGCGGCAGAGACGGCCGUGACCAUCAUGGCGUCCUCGAUUCCCGUCCUGCGAGUGCUGAUCCGAGAUCUGGCCGCUAGGGAGGCAGCCCGUCUGCAAGCGCGCCUCGCACGGCGAAAAGCAGCGAUAGCGAAGCCGAUUCCCAUCGUGAACCGCCGUUUGUGGAAGGACCAGGUGUCUUUGUCCUCGCGGCCGGCCGACUUGGAGCCGAUAUUGCUGCGGAAGCCAGGGUCAAAGGGCGACGAGGACGAGGACGAGUCCGGCGACGAAGGGAGAAGGCGGCAGACCAAGGGCGGCACCCAAGAGCGACGAGUCGGGUGGGCGGACAGCCUGGCAGUGGACAUUCCGAGGAGCCCUGACGGCUCGUACGGCCCCUGGAGCCCAGGGAGUCCGAGGAGUCCGAGGGGUCUGCAUAGCCCGCGGAGAAUAGGCGAGGUGUGGCGGCAGUAGUGAAAGGAGAUUCUUGACUAGAUCCGUUCUUUUAAUCUGUCCCUUUCCUAAUCAUUGAUGGUGUAUCGACAGACGAGGUCUCAGGGGCCCCUGGAGACGUUGACGAGCCACGAGUCCCGGAGUCUUCGCGACUCGCGCUUGGCAUAUAGCAAGCCGCAAACAUUGCACAGCGUCUUGGGCCCCGAAGGGCCUCUUCGCCACCUGGGAGUCUUGGAUCUGUGGCACUUAUGGCAAACGCGACCGCCGUGAUAGGCUUUGAGUUUCCGCUUC